AAUAGUAGUAGUAGUAGUACCUUGUUGCAUACUAUAGUUAACUAACUCUACUUGUAUGGAUGGAGCUUCAUUUGGGACUCGCUCUCUCCACUAAUUUUAAAUCUCGUGCACACAACGCUAAUACUAAUAAGACCCACUUCCCAAAUUUCAACCAUGUCUUCCACCACAAGAACAAACGUACUUUUUCCCAAAUCAUGGACCAUGCACAAGAAGAAGAAGAAGAAGAAGAAACUUCCUCCACCACCACUCUCUCUCUUCUCCCAUUAACUCCUGGCCAUUCAGAUGAUCAUCAUCGUCAAUACUACAAUCAAAGUUCCACUACCACUAUCACCAAGAGCGAUGAGGAUGAUGAAGAAAGUUUGGUGGGUCGGCCACCGGUUAAUGAUGGGAGGAAGAAACUUCGUUAUAGUGAAAACGAUAUUAUUGAUGAUGAAGUUGGAGACAAUAUUGUUGAGGAUCGUGUGGUCUCCAUACAUGUUCAAAGGAAUUACGUGAAGGUGAAGAUGGAAGGUGUAGUAAUAGCUCGAAAGAUUGAUCUCAACAUGCACCAUUCAUUUCACACUCUCAACCAAACUUUGAUGGACAUGUUUCAUAAAUGUACUAGUAAUGAUGAGCAGUUAAACAACUAUGAAUUGGUUUAUCAAGACAAAGAAGGUGAUUGGCUUCUUGCUCAAGAUGUGUCAUGGAGAAGUUUCAUUCAGUGUGCGCAACGCCUCAAAUUGCUGAAGAGAAUUUUCAUCCACCGCCAAAAGGUUUCCUAUUUCUUCCGACCGCUUUGGGACAACCCUCCUGCCCCCUUCACAAGUAUACCUCACUAUUACGCCGAAAAUGUCUCUAUGGACCACCUUUGCCACCUUCACGGCUGGUCCCUUCGCUCGCAGCCUCGUAAAAUUUUUGAUGCAAUUAUCUUCAGCAAUGAGUUAGACUUGCUAGAUAUUAGAUGGCAUGAACUUUAUCCAUACGUGUCAAAGUUUGUGAUCCUCGAGUCGAACACCACUUUCACAGGCAUUCCAAAACCUCUUUUCUUUGCCAUAAACCAAGAAAGAUUUGCAUUUGCCAAACAAAAAGUUGUCCACGACUUGUAUCCCGGUAGAGUUGCAGUCCAGGGAUCAUAUGAGGACCCGUUUGUGCUCGAGUCAAAACAACGUGGGGCUAUGAAUACAUUGCUACGCCGUGCAGGGAUUUCAAACGGUGAUAUUCUUCUGAUGUCAGAUACAGAUGAAAUUCCAAGUCCUCAUACUUUGAAACUGCUUCAGUGGUGCGAUGGGAUUCCUCCUAUAAUGCAUCUUGAACUAAGAAACUACAUGUACUCAUUCGAGUUUCCCGUGGACUACAGCAGCUGGCGAGCCACUGCCCACGUCUAUGAUCCCCGGACACUUUACAGGCACUCACGCCUGACCGAUCUAAUUUUCUCAGACGCCGGAUGGCAUUGCAGCUUUUGCUUUCGGUAUAUUUCGGAGUUUGUUUUCAAAAUGACUGCAUAUAGCCACGCAGACCGCGUGAAACGGAAAUCUUUCCUUAGUCAUUCGAGAAUUCAGAACCUUAUUUGCAAGGGAGAUGAUCUUUUUGAUAUGCUCCCGGAAGAAUACACCUUCCAUGAGUUGAUUAAAAAAAUGGGGUCGAUACCGCGUUCGGCUUCUGCUGUUCAUCUUCCUGCUUACUUGAUAAAAAAUGCAGAAAAAUUUAAGUUCCUUCUUCCUGGUGGUUGCAUAAGAACACCAGAAUAAGUGUUUUUGUAUUUUAUUUUGUUAGCUUUUUAGCCCAGUAACACGUUACACGUAACUUAGAUUGUUUUAUUCUAACUAGCUUUUAGCAUAGAGAAAUUAGCUUGAGAUUUUGGUAGGAUGUUACAUGCUUAAUAUUGAGUUAUUUAAUUUUAUCAUUUUGUACAUAAAGCAGCAGGUAUAAAUUCCAUGGAAGAAACAAACAAAAAUAACAGUUUGGUAGCUGUGAAACUCAUCCAUUAUA